UCGGGCGAGUGCAUUUUAUUCAGUUGCCAAACCUUUUAGUCAACACACACGCGAAUAGAAUCGAACAGCUGCCGCGGUUGCUGCUGCUGUGGCUGCUUUUGAAAAAAGAAAAUAAUUAUUGCUCGACAGGCCAAGAAGACGACAAUGUCACUGGUGCCAACGACAUACCAUGAUCUUGCGCGUGAAUUCGAUCGUCCGCCGCUGUAUUAUCCGCCAUACGAUUUUCAUUUGUAUCCCUACCUUUGGGAUGAUCCGCGUUUGUGGUGGCCCUCGACGAAUUCAUUGCUGAGACCAAUGGACGAGUUAGUUACACGUCGCGUACGCAACCAAUCGAUUCAGUCGCAUCUGCUGGAUUGGGCCUAUCCCCUGCGCUGGGACAACUACUACAACGGAGAACGAGUCCAUAUCGACGACAAGGGUUUUCGCGUCGAGAUAGAUGUGCGUCAAUUCAAGCCCCACGAAAUUACGGUCAAAACCACCGACGACUAUGUCGUUGUGGAGGGAAAACAUGCUCGACGCAACGAUGGCAACGGCCUUGUGGAACGACAUUUCCUCCGCAAGUAUCUCCUGCCCCGCGGAUUCAAUGCCAACGAGGUGAUUUCGGAUCUAUCCUCUGAUGGUAUUUUAAGCAUCAAGGCGCCACCUCCACCGCCAGUGAAAUACUACAAACCAGGUGAACGCUUGGUCAAGGUCCAUGAAACUGGUAAACUUGCUCUGCCAUGGAAAUAGGCAGCGCGAAGUGAAAAUUAGUGGAUAAUAAAAGUGCAAGUGCAAACGGGGAGAGAGUGUGAUCAUCGUGAUUAGCCAAAAUAAAAAAGAAAAUAAAUCUUGUUGUUGUUGUUGUUGUUGUUAUCUGUGUAAUGUGCAUCAUAAUAAUGUGCAGAUGUUUGUUUCAAUUGUAGCGGAAAUAAAGCAAAUUCGAUUCAA